AUGACCGACAUCCAGCAGCAGUUCAACACGGCCCCGUCUGAGGCGUCCACCGACGACGACCGCUCUCCGGACGAGCAAAAGCAGGCGGCCGAGCUCGCGAUACGGCUCUCUAGGGCGAUCGAGGGCGCCAACGAGAAACUCUGCCCGUUGACGAAGAUGAUUCGCAAGCACAUCGAGAACAUGGAAGCAAAGAAGGAGGAGGACCGCAACGAAGACGAGCUCGUGAAGCAAGUGAAGCCGUUGCUCGAACAGGCGGAGAAGAUCCUUAACGAGACGCAAGGCGUGAUUAAGGGUGCGGAUCCGGACGGCGAGAUCGCCAGCCGCGCGAAGCGCCACCAGCAGAGCCACCGCGCAACUCCAGAGGAGCAGCGGCUCGCGGAAGCUCUCAAGGUCCUGGUCGAGGAGGUCGGCGGCACCAUCGACUGGGCGAAGGGCAAGCUCGACGCGUUCCCGAAGGCAAAGAAGGAUCUCGGACCCCUGCUCGACGCCCUCGGCCAACCCCUCACGCAGAUCGUUGGCGGUGUCGCGCUUCUCCUCUCUGGCGUGCUGAACCUCCUGAACAAGCUGCUGGCUGGCCUUGGCCUCGACGGCCUGCUGAAGGGGAUCGUGGCGGCUACAGGGCUGGACAAGAUCUACAAGUCGCUCGGCCUCGACAAGUGGCUGAAUAUGAAGUAG